AUGGCUACUUAUUCUCUAAAUACUACAGACAGGAUUGCCGCGCUAGAGAAGGAGUUAUUCCAGCUCAGGAAAAGGAACAAAGUUUUCGAUGGGAUCAAGUUACCCACAUUAAAGAAACCGAUACAGGGAGUUCCAAAGAUCCUCGUCCGUGAGCCCAAUGAGACCGCUUCAAGGGUUGCUCUUGCAGCACCAGUCACUUGUGCAGUGGCUCCGAGUUCUUCGUCCCAGUCAACAUCACCCUCGCCGCCACCAUUGCAGCCGGUGGCCUCAACUAAACAUCCGUUCACAGCAGCCAGAGACGCUACUUAUGCUCUGCCCAACCUUCAAAACUUCGAUGCGGCUCUAAAAGCAAACCCCGACAAGGAGAAGGAACCAUCCUACCGCACGCUCACUCCGGCAUACCGACCCAAGAUGAUCAAGAAAGUAUUCGAACGAUCAAUGAAGAGCCCCUUUGUAACGUUGUCACCGGAGGAAUUACUUUCUAUCUCGCCUGACUUGCGAUCGAAAUACCACGACUUGGAGGUUCCCGAUGAGUCAGUCUCGAAGAUCGACGUACAUUCGCUCACUUGUCAUAGAGAUCCGCUAAGUCCCAACGCUACUAUUCUACCCGAUCCCUAUGAGAGCUAUUUAAAGUGUCUUCUGAACGGGGUGCUUGGAGCUAAUCUCACAGUUGUGAAGGAGUCAAACGCCAUCCGAUACAUUGAAGCAUUAAUUGACAACCAGCAGUGCAUCAAAUGCAUUAUCGAUCCCAGUUCACAGAUCAUCGCUAUGUCGCAGGAGAUAUGCCACAUGCUCGGGCUAGCCUACGACCCAAUGAUUAAGCUAAACAUGCAAUCGGCGAACAGGACUAUGGACCAGUCCCUUGGGUUGAUUCAUAAUCUUCCCAUGCAGAGCAUCGUGAAAAACUUCAGCAACAAAGAUCAAACAAUCACCCUCGUCUGCCCGAAUUUGGGCAAAACUAUGACCGUCCCGACGAAGCCCCAAGGCAAGCCCCGAUUCAUGGGCAAAGUGGCGGUGGUAAUUGAGUAUGAUGACACUGGAGAUCCUCAUAUAACUUCAUACGCCACGAUACCCUCGAUUCAGAACGAACAGACUAUUCCUGCUCUCUAUCUCUCUGCCUGUGAUGAUGUUUUUCCUUACUUACAGUCUCUGUACACUAAAGACGCCUCGAAUACCUCAAGCACGUCCGCUGAUGCCGCAACUUGGGCUUCAAGCUUUCUAGCAGCCGCCGAUUUCCCGAUUCCCAAGCCUCGGCCAGUAGUUCCUCAUAGUAUCUCUGUCUUCUCACAAGCACCUAGUGCGACCUCAAAAUUGUCAUUGUCUCCUUCUGUUUCACCUCACAAUAUUUCUUUGAUUUCUUCUCCAAACCUCGUAAAUGCCCCAAUAAAAUCCCAGAACUCCUACGAUACCAUUUCAUUUGAUUUGGACUUACCAAAAUUGAUGCCUGUAGAUGCCGACAGCGACGACGAAGACAAAGAACCGAUAUACGAAUCAUUUGCAGGCACGAAGUAUAAACCAGUGGCCUUGAAGACUUGGCUGGUCCUCGGGGCCGUCGACGAACAGUUUCGUAUUUGGCGCAACAUCAAGGGCAAUCCCCUCGAAACCAUACCAAAACUCUCGAAGCACCCACUGUUACAGCUUCGAGGGGGGUUUUCUUUCUUUUCCUAA